CGCCACCUAGAUUAGAUAGUUCGCUGCGAGAUAAGCUGAUUCUAACCUCGGCCGGUGAUCCUGAUCAAUCUCAAAGACGCACAUAGUAUUGUAAAUUGUAUUGUAAUCAACAAAGAAAAAUCAAAAAAUGGUGACACGGAGUUUUUCUUUGCAAGACGUGACUUCGUAUUCGCGACUUUUGCAUGUGCCUGAAGAUGAGAGGGAUUUUAUCACCCUCGAGGAGUUGAAACCUGCUAACGUUCAGCAAAGUAUGCAACACCAACAACACCAUUAUCAGCCCACUUAUUACGAACUGACGAGCAUUGGCGAAGACCCCUGUCCUUCUAGUCUAUCUUACCAAACGAAUCAAAACUCGGGACCUGUAAUGGAAAUUCAACAAGUGGACAGUAGCUCACUCUGCUCAUCUAACAGAAAAAGAAAAACCUAUUUCAAUGACGAUGACACGAAAGAUGAUACAGGCGAAGAUAACAAAUCGGUGAAAUCAAACGACGAAAAUAAGAAGCAAAACCACAGCGAAGUAGAAAAAAGAAGACGGGACAAAAUGAACACCUACAUAACAGAAUUGUCCGCAAUGGUACCUAUGUGUCACGCGAUGUCCAGGAAAUUAGACAAAUUGACUGUGCUGAGGAUGGCUGUACAGCAUUUGAAGUCAAUAAGGGGGGCUGUACCUUCGUACACAGAAGGACAUUACAAGCCAAGUUUUUUGUCUGAUCAAGAACUGAAGCAUCUGAUUCUGCAGGCUGCAGAUGGAUUUUUGUUCGUUGUGGGUUGCGAUCGAGGAAGGAUACUCUAUGUUUCCGAGUCUGUAUCGAAAGUUCUCAAUUUCUCUCAGGGCGAUUUGUUAGGUCAGAGUUUAUUUGACAUAUUACAUCCCAAAGACGUAGCCAAAGUUAAGGAGCAGCUUUCCUCUUCAGAUCUCAACCCCAGAGAAAGACUAAUUGAUGCCAAAACAAUGUUGCCAGUAAAAACCGAUGUUCCUCAAGGUGCUUCACGACUAUGCCCCGGUGCCAGAAGAUCAUUUUUCUGUAGAAUGAAAUGUAAAAUUGCUUCUCAGGUCAAAGAAGAAGCCGAUACCACUACUGGUUACCACAGAAGAAAAAAGCACAAUUCUGAUAAGAAAUACAACGUCAUACAAUGUACGGGUUACCUGAAAUCAUGGGCUCCGGCCAAAAUAGGACUGGAAGAACAGGAAGAAAGCGACGGAGAAUCCUGCAAUUUAUCCUGCUUGGUUGCCAUUGGGCGGGUCCUACCGCACAUUUCCACUGUUGCCGCACACUACCAAGGCAGACCGAACGUCAAACCAAUACAGUUUGUGUCGAGGCAUGCCUUGGAUGGGAAAUUCCUGUUCAUCGAUCAAAGAUCGACUCUAGUCUUGGGUUUCCUUCCACAAGAACUGCUAGGCACUAGUAUGUACGAGUAUUUUCACCACGAUGAUAUCCAAACGAUGGCCGACUGCCACAAGGUCACAUUGCAAAGCACAGAACCAGUAUCAACAGCCGUCUACAAGUUCCGAACCAAGAGUGGUAGUUUCGUAAGGCUGCAAAGCGAAUGGAGGGCGUUCAAGAAUCCAUGGACCAAAGAAAUCGAGAAUCUGAUAUCAAUGAAUAAUUUAAUAUUAACUGAUUUUGGAAUUGUUGAAAGCAGCGCUGGCAGGCCAGAGGUUGCAGGAGAAAAUCUGGAUUUCUUCUCGAAUUCAAAUGGUAAGGAUAUGCAGAUAAUGAUAAACGUAGAAGCUAGCAAAAUAGGAAGACAGAUUGCUGAACAGGUGAUAGAUUCCCAGCGGAGAGGCGGAGAUUCAUCUUCUGGAAGUAGUCCAGAUCUAGACCAGGAGUCUUCACUCUCUUUACCUUUGGCAAGCGAAGAAUCACAUAUUUCGACCACUAUUCCUUCAGGUGAGAGCAGUUCAGCACAAAACCAAAUCAUGGGGGAUUAUACCUCCCAGUCCAAUUUCCGUGAGAUAAGAAACAACUUAUCGUUAUCAAGUGUGGCCACUGAUCCAGGCGGCAACUCCGACGAGGGCAUCAUGGACCUGAUGGAGGAGCCCCGCGAGCCGAUGACAGAGCCUCAGACGGCCGCCGUGGAUGGCAACGACGAGGCUGCGAUGGCGGUGAUCAUGAGCCUGCUGGAGGCUGACGCGGGCCUGGGGGGCCCAGUGGACUUCUCGGGACUGCCGUGGCCACUGCCCUGACCGGACUGACAGGCUCCGGUCGAGAGGAAGCGGAAGAGUGUAAUUGCGUCGGGAUUUCGGUCGGUCGUCGUCGGUCGAUGUCGGGCGAUUCCUUUCAAUGCAUUCCAGAUUAGAGUGACUUUAGAAAUAGAGUGAAGACAAUAGUGGUACACUUUUUGAUUGGUCAGACCUAUAAUAUGGAGGUGCAUCCACCACGAGAGCCUAGAGCUUGGGAGAUAUUCCCAAACCUCAUUGGUUAUAAUUGUAACCAAUGAGGUUUGGGAAUGUCUCGUAAGCUCUAGGCUCUCGUCAUCCACCUGUCUUGUUUUCUCCAUUCAGUUUCACGCAUUCUAUUUCACUUUGUCAAUGCUUUGUCUCUUCAGACAUGAAACUCUAUACUUUAGUACCUUGGAUAUUACCUAUCAGAAUCCGUCUUUUGGAACUCGUUAGUCUCAGAUUAUUAGAAGAUGCAUAUGGGCACUUCGAAGGCGCAAAUUCAUUA